AUGGCAGAAGAUUUUAGCAUUCCUCUCAUUGAUCUCGCUCCUUUGCACCAGGCGGGAAACGCUCCCAGAGUCGAAGUUCUAGAGAAAAUCUCCAAGGCCUGCGAGGAAUGGGGAUUCUUCCAGGUGAUCAACCAUGGCCUGGAUUUGAAGCUCUUGAGCAAGGUGCUGCACAAUUGCAAGGAGUUCUUCUCUCUUCCAGAAGAAGAGAAAACCAAGAUGGAAACCAGCCAUCCACCCGUGGGAUAUGUAAACAAGAGCGGUGUUGGUGGAAUGGUUGAUAGAAAAGAGCAUUUCUUUGCGCACGUAAGUGACAAUCCAGCGUCCAAUAACGUUUGGCCUGAGAAUCCAUCGACUUUCAGGCCAACAGCCGAGAACUUGAUUCUGGAAGCACGGAAAACUGCAAGUUUUCUCGUGCAGAUCAUGAGCGAGAGCCUUGGCCUUCCCAACGAGCAACGUCUGGAGAUGUACAAAGCCGGCGAUGCUCUGAUCAUGCUGAAGUACCCAGCAUGUCCAGAGGGAUACGAAGGCCCGGUUCUUGCCAAGCACCGAGAUGGAGAUAUUCUCACCAUCGUCGCCCAGCUCAACAAUGCCCAAGGCCUCGAAGUUUUACACGAGAAAGACCAGCAAGAGAUCUGGGUUCCUGUAAAACCAGUGGAAAAUGCCCUGGUUAUCAACGUUGGUGAUGUUCUCCAGGUGUGGAGCAAUGGGCGAUACAAGAGUGUUUUGCAUAGAGUGUCCGGCUCACAAAUGGAUCGCUACUCCUUUGCUUACUUCCAUAUGCCAGUGCCAACCACGCAAAUCUCCCCUCUAGACGCUUUCACCGCGCACGAAAUACCAAAGUACAGACCUUUCAUGCAUGGUGAAUACCUCCAAUUACGCUACGAAAACAAAAAGCUCGACUCCAAGAAUGCCAAGGAAAUCACAAUAGAUUACUAUGCAAUGUAA